AUGGCCGAUUUCGACCCUACCAAGAUCCCGGUUGAGAUGCCACCCCCAGUGGGUUUCAUGAUACUCCGUAUCUACUCCCGUCUACGAGCCAGGGUACGGUUUGGUGUAGAUGACUACUUAGCGGCAGCAGCUGUCGUUGUCAGCUGCGGGUUCUGCGGCGUCAUACUUUCCAAUGGUCCGUCAUGCUGCCUGUCUGAGCUGCUUUGUCAUGUGGAUACUGAUCAUGUCCCAGUCAGCGACGAUCUCUAUGGCCGUCAUGCUUGGAAUGUCCCGUUUAGCGCCAUAAACACUACAAUUAGCAGAAUCAUGAUAUGGGCCGGCAUAAUCGUGGUAGCAGCAUCUUAUACUGCAUUCUUUAUUUCGUGGAUGGUGUUGAGUAUCCCAUCGCCUAGCGAGAAAGGAUGGAUGGAUCCUGUUUAUGUCCAGAGGACCGCCGCGGGAACCAUACCACAUAGCGUCGGAUUAGGUGUUGUGGGCACUGUGACUGACUUUUAUAUCCUUGUGAUACCUUUGACCGCUAUUUCGGGGUUGAAAAUGACGGUCGCAAGGAAGAUCGGAAUAUCAGCGCUUUUCGCUACUGGUAUAUUAGCUUGCAGCUUUUCCGCAGCCUCCCUUGCCAAGCGUGUUGACACAUAUCGUGCAAGAUUCAUAGACAAGCAUUCGGAUCCUCUUUGGUUGUCAAUGAUAGCUUAUGCAUUGGCGGUCGCCGAAACCAAUCUCGGAAUUGUUUGUGCCUGCGUGCCAAUUACCUUCCCUACAUUCAAGGGCCUGGCCGAGAAGGCCAGUAACAGUUGGGGUUCUUGGAAAGGCUAUCGGUCCAGGCAAAGAAUACCCUCACUGACUCCGAAGGGGUCUACCGACUACACAAGUCACGCAUCGGCGACACAGCGGGGGCUACCCAGCGUUCCCAAGGGCACGCUUCACACGCUGCUGUCAUUCGUCAGGGGACCGCAGACCUCCCAACGUGGCGAGAAGUCACAGGGCAUUACUGUGACUCAAGACACCGAUAUAGAGAUGUCGCCUCGUUCUGGGGGCCGUUCUUGGGAAGCGGGAAAUAUAGUACCGCCUGCCUUGAGCUCUGGACGAAAUGUGAUGCUCGCGGACUGA